AUGUCACGAAUUUUGUCUGGCAAGCGUCGCUUCUCUCGCCGUUUAGCUGCGAUUAUUCCUCCUGAGAUGCGAUGUUCACCUGUUUCUAAUAACUGUUUGAUUUUGCCUGCCUAUGAUGAUGUUGGUGAUUGUAUUUUUAUUUAUGGAGAAUCUGGUGGUAUUCAGGGAAAAGAAGUUUCCACUAAAAGGAAAUUGGAUUUGGUAUAUUCCGGUAAAGGACCAAAUCAGAAUAUGAGGCCUUAUCCCAUAUCAACAAAACCUGUAAUACCUGCAGUAAUUGAGCUACCUGAUUGGGCAGUUGAUGUGAACCCCCCUGCAGCUUCUAAUUUGGGUACACCUUUAUGUAAUCCUGAAAAUGAUCCAACAAUUUAUGGAGAUUGCUGUUGCCAGAGGAAGAAUAAGUACACACAUAGUGGGACUGGUGCUUCUUCUCAAUCAAAAAACAAACCUGAUGAUGAUCUUUUUUGGGGUCCUUUGGAUCACUCGAAACAAGAAGUAAAAAAGGCUGAUUUUCCUCAACUUGCAAAUCAAGGGAGUUGGCCUAAGAACACUCCUGGAAAAGGAGCCACUAUGAGUCGACAGAAAUCUGGGAGUGGAAGAGCUGUUGAAGCUUCUCUUUCAUCAUCUCCUUCAUUGAAAGGGAAAAGAAAUGUGAUGGCUAAACAUUCAGGCAAUGGACUUCAGAGAUUGGUGCAAAAAUGA